AGAUUUAAAAAUAUGAAUGUUCCUAGGAGUGGCCAACACACACACUAUGGACAGAGAGGGUGUGGCCAUACAUAUCUGCUACUGAGUUUCACCUGAGAACCAAAUAACCAGCUCCACCAGAACUGGAGCACCGCUAGGCCUCCAAGGACACACUUUUACUUUGGAUUAUACCUCCACUUAGGGUUAGAAUGGGUCCUGUAGUCACAAGUGUGAGGCUUAACGUGGCCGUGCUGUUUCUGCUUACAAUGUGGCUGAAGACAGAUGUGACGGAGGCGAUGGUGGUGACGUCCACGGAACCACAGACCAUUCAAAAGGCCCAGGGGGAGACAGUGCAACUGGGAUGCACCUUCACCCCCGGCUCCGAAGACACAGGAGAGCUGGACAUUGAGUGGUACAACGUCAACCCAGACAUGACACAGAAAGACAACCUGAUCUUAUCAUAUACAGGAGGCCAGACCCACUACUACUCCGCCGCGAUCACCAUGUCUCAAAGGCUCAAGUUCCUCGCGGAUCCAAAGCUGGGAGACGCUUCCAUCUCACUCUCUGAUGUGAAGCCCUCAGACACAGCCACCUACCAGUGCAAAGUCAAGAAGGCACCGGGUGUUGACAUGAGAAAAAUCACCCUGGUGGUGAUGGUUCCUCCGUCAACACCAAAGUGUUGGGUUGAAGGCGGAGAGGAAAAAGGUGGCCCAGUCUCCCUCCGCUGUAAAUCUUCUCAGGGAUCCACUCCUGUCAGUUACACGUGGAGCAGAGAAAGCGGAGGUGCAAUACCAGCCACUGCAACCCAAGACCCACAGACUGGAGAGCUGUUAAUAAAGAACCAUACAGACGGAAACAUUGGAACUUACGUGUGUGUGGCGAAAAAUACUGUGGGCCAAGGACAGUGUAAAUAUGCACUGAAUGCAUACAACCCUACCAAUAAGGUGGGUGUCAUAGUUGGGGCAGUGAUAGGUGCUCUCUUGCUGCUGCUCCUCCUCCUGCUUCUCAUCUGGCUGCUGGUCUGCUGCUGCCACAAGCGUCGUUACGAGAAAGAGGUUGCAAAUGAAAUAAGGGAGGACGUCAAGGCUCCGGAGAGCAGACCCUCCAGCAGAAACUCCAGUUUCCGCUCGGUGAUGGCGUACCGCACCCACCCUGGGGUGCACUACAGUUCCGUGAGGAACCACCAUCCCAGUAUCCGAGAAGCAGGCGGCAGUGCCGGCAUCUACACAGGCGAGAGUAACGGCACGUCGCAGCCAACUACUGCAGGGGAACGCCUUCCCUCUCUCAAUUACGAUCAUCGAUACGGAUACGCUGUGUAACUGCAAUCCAAAUGCCUCAUUGACUUCUUUUUUCUUUAGUAUGAAACUUUGCCUUCUGAAAAAAGGAGCAUUUACUUUAAAUGUAAAACAUUUUGUAAAGAAUUCUAUGUGAAGUAUGUAUAUUAUAAAUGGUGCAAGACAUUGUAUUUAACUGGAGACUAAUGGGACUCAUAAAAUCUUACCUCCGCACUUGGACAAACAAAAAUGUACUGGUUGACUUUCAUAAUGCAUAAUGAAUAGGUUCUCUUUGUUAUACAGAUUUUUCUAAAACUGUGUGUAAAAUGUAUAU